AACACAGUCUUCAACUCAACCUUUUAAAUUUUGGGUUAGAUUGUGUAUCGGUCUUUAUUAGUUUUGUUUUUCAAUAAUUCAAUUAUAGGGAUUUGUUGAAAGUGUACUCAUAAUCUUCCAAAUAUGUGAAGAAACAUAUUUAGAGCACAUUUAGCUCAUCAAUGACUAAGGUUCUAAUAGGUCAUUGGUUUGAAUUUUCAUGAGCUUACGGUGUAAUAUACCUAUACAUUUAUAAUAUAUUCCUUUACCCUAUCAAAAUCAACUUAAAAAUGAAUGACAAAAGUUUGUUUCUUUAAGAAAGUUAUAAAGAGAAAAAAGGAAUAAUUUUGAAUAUGGGGUGCGCUGUCAAAUCCACUUUGUUGAAGAGUAUAAAGCCCCUCCAGACUUAGCUAUGCAUUAACCAAACAGUUCCUUCCGACCAUCUUUUGAGAGUCCUAACACAAAAAGCUUCAACUUUUAUUACAUCAAUGGCAUACCAACAAUGCACCAAGCCAGCUGAUCAUGCGCAUGGCCAGCACCAGCAGAAGCACGACCAACAACAUGAUCACCAUUGCUUCGGCGGCCAUGUCUCCGACAAGAUCAAGGGCGUCUUCGUCAAAGGCCACCAUCACGACCAGGCUCAUCCGGCAUCGGGCGCAGUGCACCACUCUGCCAACGACAGCCACUGCAAGGGAAGUGGGUCAAAGAAGAAGAAGGAACACCAAGUGAAAAAGGAAGGAGGUUUGUUGCAUAAGAUCAAGGAAGCCUUUUCUGACCAUAGCAGUGAUAGUAGUGACAGUGAAAAUGAAUGUCACAAACCACAUCACAAUAAAAAGAAAUGAAGGGAGAGAAGGAAGGUGAAUCGAUUGAAGGAACAGUGUGGCUGCCUCUAAACUAGCUGCUACUACUACUAUGAAUUUACGUAAAGCAGAAAUAAAGAUGCACAAUGUUGGAUAAAGAUAAUAAUUUAUGAGACUACUGUACCUAUUUCUUUCUUGUUUAAAAUAAAACUUCUGUAUUCCUACC